AUGGCGGUAUUAAAGGCAUGCAGUGCUCUAGUGACAGGGGCCAACCGAGGCUUGGGUUUAGAAAUGGUCAAGCAACUCCUGGAGGCUCGUUGCUCAAACAUUUUUGCUGCAUGUCGUGACCCAGAUGGACCAAAUUCUGAGACACUGAGAGAACUGGCCAAAAAGCAUCCAGGUGUUAUCUCCCUUGUGCAGCUUGAUGUUGCUGAUCAAUGCAGUAUCAAAGAGUCUGCCAAAAAAGUUGGUUCUCUGCUGGGGAAGAACGGCUUGAACCUGCUUGUGAAUAAUGCUGCAGUGUUGCCACAAAAAACCUUGCUGACCGCCACUGUUGAGGACAUGCAAAGCACCUUCAACACCAACGUGAUAGGACCUUUAUUUGUCAUUAGGGAGUACCUGCCGUAUCUGCGUACAGCAGCUAAAGCCAAGGGCAAACCAGGGAUGUCAUGUGAUAAAGCAGCUGUGAUCAACAUCUCCACGGAUUCAGCGUCUAUGAGCAUCAUGCCAGUACUGAAAGAACCAUUCCCAUUCUUCCCAUACAGCAUCAGCAAGGCUGGUCUUAACAUGCUGACUAUAUAUACCGCAAGGGACUUAAAGGCAGAUGAGAUCCUCUGCAUUUCCAUUCACCCAGGAUGGGUGAGAACGGACAUGGGGGGAGAUAAGGCGCCUAUUGAUGCCAGAGAAAGUGUGGAGGGAUUGAUGCGUGUCAUUGGCAGCCUUACUGAGAAGCAGAAUGGUGCAUUCUUAGACUACACUGGAAAAACAAUGCCCUGGUAAACCAAAAAAAAAAUUUAAAAGAGGAACUUUAUCAAAGGGCUGAUCCAGAUGACCUAAUAUAAAUAAAAUAAGCAUAGUCAUUAAUGUUUAUGACAUGUUCAUCUUCAUUCUCCGUGUGUUCAAUACAAUAAACAAUACCACAAUAUUGUGUCUACACUGGAAAAACAAUGCCCUGGUAAACCAAAAAAAAGUUCAGCUAAGGGCUGAUCCAGAUGACCUAUUUUACCUAUUAGAAAUAAAGUGAUAAGUCAUUAAUGUUUGACAUGUUCAACUUCAUUCUCCGUGUGUUCAAUUCAAUUAAACAAACUUUAUGUGCUGUAUAAUUUGCCAUUCAUCAUUUAAAAAAAACACCAUCACAACACAUAUUUAGUAUUUAAUGUUAAGUGUUUUCUGACAGCAUUUCUACAGUAAGCAAGCAAUAUGGGAUGGGACUUAAAGAUACUUAAUCAGUCUUUUUACAUUUUGAUCAAUAUCCUUAAAUUUUAUAAACUAUUACAUAGAUCUACUGAGUUUACCAAGCUGCUACUUCUACUAAUCUUAGCAUUGUGAAGAGAGCAAUAAA